GUAUGAAAAUGUCAAGUUUCCGUCCUUGCUCUAUAUCAGCAUAGAACAACCACCUUUCAUCCCGAGAUAUGAGUAUCAUAACCACAGGCCGGUCCAACAUGGAUGGUACACUUAGGGAGACCACAUUCCCGUCACAUUGUCCUGAGUACUUCUACGCCCAUAUAUGCUCCUCGAAACGUGUAGUGGCUGGCAACCUGCCGCCGGACAAUGGGCCAUCCAGCUAUGGCUGUCGGUCAGCCGGCCUUCGGUCAACGCCAUCCGACGUCCGAGAGUUGCCGGCCAGCUGUAUCGAGAGCAUCGUUCUACCAGAAUGUUCGGCCGGUCUUUGCCCAGAAUGCAUGCUUGCGGCCACCGUUCCCGCCCACCUGGCAGACAGUCGAUCUCUUCCGUACUGGACUGGUAUACAAUCCCUUACAGCGGAUUUGGGAGCCGCAGUGGUAAAUUACAUCGUGGGUACCAAAGGCAAUCGCACAGCUUCACCCUUUUGCGUCUCAUUCCGGGCCUGCAACCUCCUUCGGCUCAGCCAAGCCGUGGGGGAAAGGUGCCGCGUGCAACUGCCACCCCCCCUGGAAUGAGAAACAUGAACAUGGAAUUUCACAGAGAAGACGCCAAAAUCCAGCCUUUUCCAGGUUCCUACCUUAUUAGAGACACAACUCACAGGCCCAAUGUUCUGCGCUCCGAAAUUUCCCAUUCCAAUUUUACGCUUAUUACUGGACGAAACAUAGCUUGUUGAGGGUACCACCGACCCAUACGUCAGAGAACCCCAAUUGUUGAGUUCCGUCCAGGUCUAGGGAUCCCGGUAGGAUCAA